CUCUGAUGUACUACAGAGUUACCGCCUACCCGAAUUGUUUCCAGGAAAGGCUCUUCUCGGCCCCAUAACAUCAUAGCGAAUCUUCUUAGCGCGUCUACCUGACAGCAUUCACAAAUCUCUAAUCAACUCUGCUGAUCUGCUCAUCGACAAUAGGAGGGUGCAAUAUUCAUUCUUCCUAUCUUCAAACGGUAUUGAGAUAUUUGCCGUGAUCUCUGCCUGUUUUGCCUCUUUCUUUUCCCUCUUUCUUUCCCCUCUUUACCGGUUCGGCAAGAUGUCUGAAUACUGGAAGUCAACUCCUAGAUAUUGGUGUAAACACUGCAAGAUUUACGUCCGUGACACUAAAUUCGAACGGCAACAACAUGAUGCUACGGGGCGGCAUCAAGGAAAUUUGAACCGAUUCUUGCGCGAUCUUCACAAGAAUAAUGACAGAGCUGAGCGAGAAAAGCAACGCGCUAAAGAUGAAGUGGAGAGAUUGAACGGAAUCGUCUCGGGCACCGGCGCGACGAAACCCAGCGGCUCUAAGCCAGAAACGAUAGGCAGGCGUGUCCCUGGUCCAAGGCAGGCCACCGUCGAAGACAGAAAGCAGCAAAUGGCGCAGCUUGCUGCGAUGGGAGUCUCUGUGCCCGACGACUUUAGACGCGAAAUGGCCAUGGCAGGGGAUUGGCAGGUCAUGUCAGAGACGCCUGUAGCACGUUCGGCGAAAGAGGAAGACGGUGCAGAGAAGAAGUCAGACGUCAAAAAUUUUGGCGUUCAUAAAAGGAAGCGACCGGGAGAAGAAGACGUGGAGGAUGAAGAAGAAGCAGGAACUACAACGAUACGAAAGAAAUGGGGCACAACGAUUAAGACCUACCCAGGUGCUACGGAAGAAGACGACGAUCUCGAUGCCUUGCUCGAAAAGGGGAAACAAGCAAAGGCGGCAAAGGUCAAUGCCGAGGAGGAAACAGGCGAUUCAGAAAUCAAAAAGGAACCUGUCGUUAAGCAGGACCCUGAUUCACCUGCCGCUGAAGCUGAAGCCCCGGUUAUAUCAGAUGUACCACGAAUCAAAAAGGAAGAGUCGGAUGCUGAUUUGGGCAUCUCGAACUCUGUAAGAGACGUUGGAGAUGCCUCAGACCCACCGAUCAAAUCAGAAGAUGGCGCUGCGCCUGGGGCAGGUGUAGUAUUUAAGAAGCGUACCGCAAAGAAGAUUCGACAAAAAUGAGCUCUGAACGGAUCACACGAGCCCUUCCCGAUAGAUUCGCCAAUGAUACAUACUUCGCUCAGCCGAGAUUGUACCAGGGGUCAAGUGCACUACAUCC